AUGGCUGCCUUUUGGCUCAACAGUUUGAUCUUUCUAACUAUCAAUGUUUUGACGGUGACAUCCAACUCUGAAUUCUGCGCCAGCGUUUUCAAAGCUCAAGUUGGUAAGUAAAAACACCUGUUCGCAAAAGUCUUCUUGUAGUUUUGUAACACUAAAAAUUCCACUUUCUAUCAAUAUAAACAGAAAUUUAACAAAUUUUUACAUCUAAAAUAAUAAAAAACAGUUCAUUUGGCCAAUUUCAAUCUGAUUAAUUUAAUAUAUAAAACGUUUUUUCUCUUUAAGAAGCAACAGGAAGGCAUAUCGUCUUACCUCGGAAGCAGAUGUGGAGGGUCUUGAGUGUCUUUGAAAAUUUUAGAAGUUUCGUUCUUAAGGUCCUCUUAAGGUCCACUGGACUCUGAGAUUCGAUAAGAUACAGCUGUAAGCUCUCAUUUUUCCACAAUUCCCUCGUUCACUCGUAUUGCCAACCGUUGCAGUUUUCUUCGCAACAGUAAUAAUCUAAGUAUCAGGCUUGAAACUUCAAGAUACUAUCAUCGAACCUACGCUGAAGUUUUGUUUACAAACCGACUAUUAGCAUAUUCUGCCGGAUAGGUAAAGAACAUUUUUCCCAUUUUCCACCCAUUUUUUCCUUUCUUUUGCCCUUUUUUAUACGGUUCAAAUAGCCCUGCAAGCUUGGAGUGCGCCCCUCCCCCCUUCGCCCUGUACAGACUUGGAAAUUUAUUUUUAAUGAUCUGAUAUGUAACUUGAAACUGAAAUUUUCACCGCAAGUUUCGGAAGGAAAAGACCAGAGGAAACAAGCUCAAACAACCUACUAGGAUAACAAUAUACUAGAAGAGGUCUGACGUCACGUUACCAUGGUAGCAAAUUUUGUGGAUCACAAAAAUAGGGAGCUUAAUAAGCAACGACGAUGGCGCAGUGAGAAGGGCAAAAAGCAAUAGGUUUAUAUUAGCGAAACAACAACUUUGCCCGUGCAUCACGCUUUAUUUGUACAUUUCUUAGCCGUCGUUGCUCGACUGCAACACCAAAAGUCCUAAUUUCACGCGCCUGCUUUAUGAGUUAGGUGAAAACAAACGAAAAUUGUUUUCCUUUUUCUAAACUUAGAUACAGUCCUUUCGGAUACAACCCCAGAAAAUUUCGCCAACAUUUGAAAAAUUAAAUGAAAUUGAAUAAGAUCGAUGAAGUUUCAAACAGUGCGAGUUCACCUCAGUUUUAAGUGACUUUUUCGGUUUUUUGUCAUCUAGAAAUUUUGCUACCAUGGCAACGUGUCGUAACGGCUUCGAAAAACAGUUCUAUACUGUGAGCAGGCUAACUUCUCCCUCCUCGUCACCACAAUAAAAAAUUCUUCUUCGACGUCGCUUAUUUCCCUUCCGUAAGCGACCGUUGCCAUUUUUAACGGUCCAUCCUAUCAUUGGUAAAAAAGUCUUUAGUCAUGAUAGAUGUAAUAUAUUCCCUGGAUUAAGUUGAACUAAGGCGAACAAUACGUUUUCCAAUGGUCUUGGAAAGAGCGACGUUGAGGCUAAAGUUUAAUUUACGUUAAAGUAAUGGAAAGGGAUAGUGUCAUCUGUUAUUGAUGUAUCAGUUAAGAAGACCGUUAUGUACAAUUUUGCCAUAAACAUAAACAGCCAUAAAGAAUAACUAUUUCCUUAACAUAAAUGACUCGCGGAUUACAAGUUCUUCUAUUUUCCAGUCCUUAAUUUUAGACCAUUUUUUAUUUGGUCAUGUCAUGAAUGAGUCUACUUUUACUGAUGAGUUUGAAUGUCACCGAAAAUGCCUCAGAAAUAACAGCUGCAAGUCAUUUAAUAUUCGCCCUGGUGCAGAUAUUGCAAAACGACUUUGUGAGCUGAACAACAAAACACGGAAGAUGACGCCGGAAAGCUUCAAAAAGAUGAAAGGAUCUUCUUAUUAUGGACCUGUUAAGGUGAGUUUUAAUGAUUGAACAUCAACCAUGGCUUUUUACUUAACCAAUAAAGAAGCCUUAAGUGUGCUCUGUUCUGUUGUAAAGCACGCAGUAAGAGGCUAGAGAACAGAGAAGUGAAGGGGAAACACUAUAUGUUGUCGAGUGUUUCUCCUUACUUCAUGAGUGCUUUAGCCACUUCCUAAGUGCUCUACAACAGAACAGUGAAAAGUCAAGGCUUCUUCUUUAUUUGUUUUAUGUGACAAAGAAGCCAUUAAUUCCCCAAGCAUUGAUUUAUAAUUUCCAAAACAAACUUUAUUUCCAAAGCGAACAGAAGUGACAUCAUCGUGUGCUACACUCUCAUAAAAGACUCUUAAAUUAGCCAAUCAGAAUCCAUUUUAAAAUGGGCCAGAUGAUUUGAUUGGUUGAAUAAGCCAAAAGCUGUCAAAGCUGUCAAUGCAUCAAAGUUAUCACAAAGUGAAACGAGCUAAACUUUCUGUGAAUUUGAAUGCGGAAGAAAUGUACUGUUUAGGUCCAAAAAUCAGUUUCCAAAUGUAAAAGGGCUUUUAAAUCCUACCGAAUUGACGACCCAUAAAAACCUGGACGUCAUUAACAUGACAAUUUGAAAACAACUGCUUUAGCUUAAUUCCGAUCGAAAAAAGCCCAAAAACUGAACCUGAAAGUAAGAUAAGAUGCACCAACGUUUUCGCAAAAGUGAUGCUGUAGUCUCGCGAUCGUCUUUGGAGCUAGUUGUAUGAAUGAACAAACUCAAAACAAUAAGAAGUUAUGUCUUAAAUGUAUAUUCAAAAACUAAGAAGUUAAUCCUUAAAAGCAAGUAAAUCGGAUGAACGCAUGGAAAAAUUGAGCGCAAAACCCAUCUCAAAUCGAGGUGCAUUUUGUAAUUAUUCUUUAGCGCCAAGGACAGAAAUUUGUAAAACGUUUGUGAAACAAAGAACAAAAAAUGUACCUGAAACGUCUUCGAAAACUUUGCUGCCUCGGUUGAAUUUCAAAACAGGACAUUUGCGCUCCGUCGUGAAGAAAAUAUCGUUCAAAUCCUCCAAGGACGAUUUAGUUAUUAUAAAGCUUUCCUCAGUCCGCUAAAAGAAAACGGAGCAUUCAUUUGAACUAACCCUGAAAUGCGAAACUUUGGUCUUGAAAACCACCGCAUGGUGUGAUUCACAGAUGGUGUGACACCUUUAACUCCGUGUUUUAUACUCUCAUAAACCAUGCUUUUUCAACCAAUCAGAGUGCGCGUUAUAUCUGAACUUUAUUAUCAAAACGUUAAGAAAAAACCUUAACCAAAAAGAAGCAAAACACUUUUUUACGACGGUCACCAUGUUCGGUUUUAUCGGAUUUCAAAUAAGACGUAACAGACAAAUAUUUAAGUUCUCAAUCUUCCGGUUUAAAAUCUCUGGAUUUUCGAGGUGUCCCUAUGAAGUUUAAUCAGAAACUCACAAGGGGUUGAAACGUGUAACUCGCGUUCAAUGCUCGUGAAUAUUCACUUUUACCAUAUUUGGAAACCUUAGUGGCAGAUACUCAUUUUAAACAAAUGGCUGCCACUCGAUCACCAUGCAGAUGUUUUAAGACAAGAGUUCUGCAUUUCAAGGUUAAAAAUACACCGUUAAAAGACAAAAAAUGGAAAGAGAAAGUUCAAAAGAAUGNGUUCGGUUUUAUCGGAUUUCAAAUAAGACGUAACAGACAAAUAUUUAAGUUCUCAAUCUUCCGGUUUAAAAUCUCUGGAUUUUCGAGGUGUCCCUAUGAAGUUUAAUCAGAAACUCACAAGGGGUUGAAACGUGUAACUCGCGUUCAAUGCUCGUGAAUAUUCACUUUUACCAUAUUUGGAAACCUUAGUGGCAGAUACUCAUUUUAAACAAAUGGCUGCCACUCGAUCACCAUGCAGAUGUUUUAAGACAAGAGUUCUGCAUUUCAAGGUUAAAAAUACACCGUUAAAAGACAAAAAAUGGAAAGAGAAAGUUCAAAAGAAUGCUCAGCUUUCUUUUUGUGGCGGAAGGGAAGCUUUUCAUCAAGAAAUUGUCCUUCGAAUUCAACCUUGUUUUCUCCACGACGGCGCGCAUGGUCUGUUUUGAAAUGCAACCAAGGCAGCAAAGUUUUUGCUGAAUUUUAAGGUACAUUUUGCACUUUAUGGCCAAGACAAUUGCGUUUUUGAAAAGGAAUUUAUGUAUUUUUAAAUGUUUCAUACACGUUUUAUAAAUUUUUCUCUUGGGCGCUAACGAAAAAUUACAAAAUGUGCCCCGAUUUGAGAUGGAUUUUGUGCUGAAUUUUGCCAUGUGCUCAGCCGAUUUCACUUGCGUGAACGGAUCCACGAUCCAGAGGGUGUUUUCCGAAUUGCUCUGAAAUUAACUUUUUGGAUUUUGAAUAAACAUUUUCAAGAAACGGCUUCUCUGUCUAUUGUUUUAGGUUUGUUCAUUCAUAAAAUUAGCUCAUAACACGAUCGUGACUACAACAUCCAAGCUGAAUUUAAGCUUAAAUGCUUCUAACAUUCAUUACAGGCAGCACUUUUUACGAAGAUGUCAGGUUCAGGUUUUGGACACUUUUCGAUACGCAGCUAAUGAAUUUUAUUCGAAAAUAUUUUUUACUGUUUAUUCUAGACUUUUAAUAUAAGUUAAAAGCCUAUUUGCAGUAUAAGUCUACUGUGCAGAGGGUCAACGAGGAAUCGUUGUUUGAAGUGACAACUUCAAGAAGUUGCGAGGACGUCAGUGGGUUUCAUAAUGUUAUGUUUGGCCCGGGUGGUGAGGCAAUAAUCUCCUGCUCAGUGUUUCGGUAAGAUUCCUGGUUUCAACCUUUGAAAGCUUUCUCGGCUUUCGGGAGUUUUUCCCCCGUUUGUCGGCCAUUUUUUCAAGCGGGCGCGGGAACCUGAAGUAAAAUUACGUCACGUUGUUUACGAAGUUUGAUUGGUCAGUUAUCUAUUCUUCUCGUUCCAAAUAUGGUACUUUUGAAAAUGAAUAAUCACGAGCAUCGGACAAAGCAAACAUAUGAGAGUUACACGUUUCAACCCCUUAUGAGUUUCUGGUUUAAUAUUAAUAUUAUGCAAAUUUAUGUAGUUAUGUUUUCAGAACUGUGAUAUCGUAAAUAGUACUUUUGAUAACAUUUUCUUUUCAAUAAUGAUUUGUCGUACCGGUUUGUCUGUGGCUUGAAGCAGCUUAAAGUAUAUGUUUGUCAUUGCUCACACGGUAAAUAUCGUUUAUGGAAGGAAAUAGAGAAAAGGUAUAAUAUACAUCAACUUAUUUACUAAUUACUGGUGAAAACUAAAGCCCGUAAUGGCGUCAUCCAUAGUUUUCAGAUAUUGUUUGAUGUUUCUAAAUUCAGUUCGGUUUUUGAAUUGAUUUCUCAGGUUUCAUGCCAAGAUUUGCCCACCAACAAGAAGAAACAAGCUCAACCGGACUACAAACAACCUCAUCCGGACUACAAAGGAAAAAGAUCUGAAAUUCGUGAGUAACGCUCGUCUAUUGAAUUUGAUUCUACAAUUGCUUCACGGCGGAGUGAAUAAUUAUUUACCAUAUAUAGUCAUUUGUUUUAUUAUCUGCUGCAGCAAGGCCAGGUUGGAAUUCCACGGACCCUGCUUAUUCCUGUAAGAGCAUCCGGGACUCUGGUGACUCUAAAGGAGACGGGAGGUAUUGGAUCGACCCUAAGAACAGUGGAAACCCGUUGAACGUUUACUGUGACAUGACAACUGACGGAGGUGAGAUCUGAUCUUGAAAGUCUGAGAUUGUUGUAAUACAUUCUUCAGAUGAACCCACAUAACUGACUAAGUAGGUUCUUAAUUUGGUCCUUAAUUUCUGUGAAGGAAAAAAUAAAUUGUUGAUUACCAGAAAAAUAAAUUAACACGAGUUUAGUCCUUACGACUGCAGUUUUUAGUCACAAUUUUAUUUUUAUGACCCUAACAAAACUGAUUGCCGACUCUAUACACAGCUUGGUACAGUAUCUUCUUGUUAUACUUUCAGUUUUAAUUGUUUAUCAUAAUUUAACUGUACCACAUAUUAGAACCUUCUUGAUCUUGAUGGGCUAGACAGGUUCUUGUGUUUUAGGGUUUUAAAGGGGCAAAUUUGUGCAAGAAGGUUCUUAAUCCAUCAGGGUUUUUUACGCGAGUGUUUACUGUAUAUGUUUCUUUGAAAUGUCCUAGUUAAUAAUUUUCGCAACAUUAUUGUGCCUUUGAGGGUAAUUCAUCUUACUGCACUCGCAAUUGAGAUUAUUUGUGUCGCAUCUUUAUCUCCACACAAUCUGCAGAGGGGGAGACACAUCCUGUUUUUCAAUGGAAGUCUUGAUGACAUUCGUCCUCAGUGCCUGAUCUUGUGUGGCAGUUAUAACGGCCUUCGGCCUCUUUCUUCCAAUCCCCCUUCUUCAACCAAUCCCAUGACCUCUUAGCCUUGAAUUGUUCUGUUUGACGCAAUAUCUGGCCAUGAAGGGGCUUGUCCUCCACUUCUUAAUCUUCUCCAAAGUUUUCUCCUUCUCAUCGUCUGUUUGUGGUGUUCCUCAUUUUCUUUCUUAUCUCUUCAAGUCCUACUGUUUUUUGCAGUGGUUCCGUGAUGUUUUGAACGCAAUAGUCCAACUCCAUCUCUUCAUCAAGAAGACACUGCUCCAGGCCACUCAAAAACAGCCCCCGGAAAGUCGUCUAAAGUAGGAUCGGUCAACAUCAGGUCGCGGAUGAAACAUACCUUUUUUUUUCUAUUUCUAUCCACGGCCUCUAGUUCAGCUUUACUUUAGUUUACUUCUCCAGCUCCAUGCCAGACAAGUGACAGAGCCUAUAAAUUUGUUGCAAGUAUGGUAAUUUCCCACUGACAAAGGACUGUCUUUAGUCUCCGGAAAUAUUCUUUCUUCAAAACGUUUUUCUUGUGCCCUUGAAAUAGAUCGUCAUAUUCCAGAAUUCCCAGGUACUUAUAGCCAUCUUCUUCCACUGAUUUCAUUUUGCGAUUAUCAGGCGAGGUAAUCCCCACAAUUUUCUUAACAUUUUCCCUCUUUAAGAUGAGAACACCACGCCUUUUCAUACCAAACUUCAUGCCUAUAGCCAGUACUGAACACCGACUGUAUUGACCAGUGAGUCAAGCUCACGUUCAUCCUUCCGUACAGCUUUAAGUCAUCUAUAAACAGUAAAUGAAUGAUUGACUCCUCCUCUUUGUCUAACUAGUAUUUUCCUUAAGGCUUUUAUUAUUAUUAUGAUUGUUAUUAUUAUCAUUAUUAUUGCUGUUGUUAUUAUUAUCAUUAAGUGAUAACGGGAGUUAACAGCGAUCCAGAAGCAUUGUUGCGGGAAAGGCUCUCACUAUGUCUAGCUAAAAUGGACUGAGCAAAUGAACAGAGAUGUUUUGGAUUGUAAGAGACGGGCCAUUGAAAUGGCGUCAUCAGAAAACCCACCGCGAGACGGGAAUGGUAGAAAGAGAGGUUCGCUGGGAACGCUGCUAUUUGGUGCAGUUGAGGAGGUGCACUAGUCAAAUUAUAAUGAGAUCGCUAGUGAUUUGAUUAAAGAAGCAGCACUGAGAACGAGAGGCGCUGGAGCUCAUUGUAGUGUAGGCGCUAUGGCUUUCAAAGGAUCCUUUCUAAGAAGUCAUUCAAGAAAUCUGGCUCUAAUUUGUGCGACGCUCUUGUUAACCAGACCUAAAAGAGUUUCGAAAUAUUUUCAGAUAAGAUCAACUUCUUAAAAGUCUGGUUAUGUCUAGAGAGUACGUUUUGAAGAACAUGGGAACUGGUGUUUCCAGUUUGGAGAUUCUUCAGGACAAGAAGUCUAUGAAGAUCUAGCUGAAAUAGCGUGAUUUGAAAUAUCUUAAAACUUUUUGACCGUUAAUAUCAAUCUGCAUUAUUGACGGUUGACGGUAAGAAAUACCCUUUUUGACGCUUGACGGUUAAAUUUUUUGCCUUUUGGCGGCUGACGGUUAACCCUAUUGAAACGCCCCGUGGCAUCUCAAGGCUUCACACGCGGACAACCAGGGUGAAAAUAGCAACAUUGUCUCGAAAACGGAGCGCAAAUACUUGUUCUUGCAAAUGUUUAUCUUAAUUUAACUUUGGAAAGACCAUUAACACUAGCUCAUAAACACAGGUGGCCAAAUUGGCGACUUUCGCUGCAAGUUUAGUCGCCAAUUUUCUUUUCUUUACUCGCCAUGGCGACCAAAAUGGUCGCAGCUUGGAGCACUGAAUUUAUUAGUGUUUUAAAAUAAUGUACAAUUUAUUGAUUUAAAUUAAGCAGUCACGUGUAAUUGUGUUUGUAAACAAAAUUUGACAGCCAAUAAUGCAGGCGUUUUCUCAGAGCUUGGGGUUCGCUCGAUUACUCUUUACUGAUGCUCAGCUCUGCUUUCAAAAUAAGAGUUUCCCUUGUCCAACAAAAUACUGCUAAUUUUGCAGACCACCACGUAAAUUCGUCAUAGACAGUUUCAAUGGUGAAUCCAAAGGGGACCGGAGGUACUGGAUCGACCCUGAGAAGAGUGGAAACCCGUUCAAAGUUUACUGUGGUCGACAUGAGAGUUGUGAGAUCUGCUCUUAAAAACUGUUCUUUACAUGAACUCACAUAACUUCCCUUCAACAGAAUAUUAGUUAAAACUUGGAAAGCUUAAAACAGAUCAGGACAAUAAUUAUCAAUUACUGGAUAAAGAUAACUGUGAUAUAAAGAAUUAUGCAGAUUUGCCUCGGCAUAACAGAAAACAGAUAUUGUUUGCUGCCGUGUCAGUUUUUCUCUAAAUUAUACCUGUACCUUUAAAAACGGUUGUUUUUCCUUACUAAAAAACAACUUUCCAUUUCAGGAGGAUGGCUUCUCGUUUCCAACGUUGUGAUUGGUUCAACUCCUCCCUGUCAGCUUCCAGUCAAGACUUCAUACCGUGGAAUAACAGGUGAUCAGAUGGUUCUCACAAAAACCGCCAUGAAUGAGCUGAGAACAAACUUGUCUUUCACGCAACUGAGAUUCCACUGCAGUAAAAACAAUGGAAGUACGUUCCACGUGACCACUGCUGCUAACAGCACUGGUGAAGCUGUAGUCCAGUACUUCAGCGGUCAGACGAAUGUCCAGCCUGCCUCGUGUGGCUCAUUUGUCAGAAUGGAAAAUGACAACCCAAGCCUGGCAAGAGUUUGCCAAAACAGGGGAAGGGAAAAUAAAGUGUACAAAGUUGGCAAAUGGGGUCAUGGUCAAAAUCAAGACAGGCUGUAUAUAUACCCUGCUUUUACGUUUGACAAAUAUCAUUGGUACAUGAACCUACCUAAUUUUAGUUGCGAUGAUCACGAUGGCACUCCACUUCCAACAUCAUCUUGUGAUUUCUGGAAAGUCUAUGUUCGCUAAGAACUCGCAAAAUUGAUUGCAUUGUCUAAAUAUGUAUCUUAUUAAGACACUUUUUUUGUAUAGUUUUGGAGUGAAAAUACGUUGGGUAGCAGAUCAUGUGAAAAAUUAGAUAGUAAGUUAGAUAUUCAGAGAACUUUAUAAGAACUAAUGCUCAUUUACAUUUUAUCCUCGUUUUUAGCUUCUAUUUAUUAAUUCGUGUUUUCCUUAUUUUCUCUUUAUAUUUAUUUAAGCUCGCUUAAUUAGGCCUUUUGCCUUGAAGUUUUACCCGCUUUUCCCAUUUAUUAACAUUUUCAAGUAUUUAGCUGCAAUAUUUUUUCGUAUAUACAAUCUUUCCUAAGUUUCACGUUUGCCUUCUAUCAUUGUUUGUUUGCAUUUAUUCAGUCAAGAGCAUUUAUUAAAAUUAAAUAGCAACUAAACGUUAUUCCUAGAGAGUGUAAUGAAUGCAAGUAAAGCGUGUGCAUUCACUCGCUGAGCUGAUGUAGCGAUGUCGAGUUUUAACAGGCGAAAACUAUCAUGGGUACAUUGAAUAAUAUUCAAACCAUAUAUGUGACGAUAUCGUUCGUCGCCCUAAACUAUCAUUGGUGCAUUGAGCCAUAUUCGAACAAUAUAUGUGGCGAUAUCGUUUGUCGUAAUAACCCAAAUCCAUCAUCUACUAGAUUUCUGGAAAGUCUAUGCUCGCUAAAACGUUGAAACAGUGUUUUCAGCCAACAUUCUUAUUUUUUUUUUAAUUAUUGUAAUAGCAUCCGACAUUAAUGCACAUGUACGAUAUAUGAAGUAUACUAUGUUCCAAGAAUGAAAACGCAGAAGGUCAAAUUGUAAGUUGCUGAAAAGAAGGGUUAUAAUGUGGCUUUACAGAAGAAAGUUAAAACCGCUAUAAAUGAACUGAGAACACACUUGUCUUUCACCCAACUGAGAUUCCACUGCAGUAAAAAGAAUGGACGUACAUUCCACGUGACCACUGCUGCUAACAUCACGGGUGAAGCUGUAGUCCAGUACUUCAGCGGUCAGACGGAUGUCCAGCCCGCUUCGUGUGGCUCAUAUUUCAGAAUGGAAAAUGAUAACUCAAGGUUAGCGGGUGUUUGCCAAAAGUGGGGAAGGGGAGCAAGCUGGGGCGUAGGAUUUGAUCAAGAGAGAUUAUACAGCCACCCUGCUUGGGUUUAUGGUUUAUAUCUUUGGGCGCUUGAUCAUCCGAGUGGUGGACAAGCAAAAAGAUGGGAAUGCGACGAUUAUCUUGUUGGCGUGACCACCGGUGAUUUCUGGAAGAUUUACGUUCGCUAA